AUGGACGCUGGCAAAUGGGUUUUGAGGAGCCCAUAUGGCUUUGAGAAUCUCACAUAUGAGGAAACUUCCGAGAACGAGCCUCUAGGGCCGCAAGAUGUUUUGGUUCGCCUACACGCAGCAUCACUCAAUUCCCGAGAACUAUACGUCUUAAAGGGGGCCAGAUUGCCCGCAGCUUCAGCACCUAUGAAAUCUCCAUUAGUCCCCAGUUCCGAUGGCGCAGGAGUCGUGGUUGAGAUAGGCCGCGACGUCACACUAUUCAAGCCAGGAGACAAGGUCAUUACGCAUCUUGCUGUACACAUACCUGACGACGCCCUGCCCGUCAUGGACGACAUACAGAACGGACUAGGACACCUGUCGGAUGGAACUUUGCGACGCCUUGGCACAUUUCACCACUCGGCUCUUGCGCAUAUGCCCCAGAACUUGUCCUUUGCCGAAGCUGCGACCCUGACAUGCUCAGGCCUUACUGCUUGGAACGCCUUGAUGGGACUCCCAGGACGACCUGUGAGAUCUGGAGAUUUUGUCGUGGUGCAAGGCACUGGAGGUGUUUCCGUGGCAGCAUUGCAGAUUGCUGUCGCCGCUGGUGCGACCGUCAUAGCCACGACAAGCAGCGACGCCAAAGCGGCGCGUCUUCGGGCCUUGGGCGCGACUCACGUCGUCAACUACCGAACGACGCCGGAAUGGGGCCAUAUUGUACGCUCCUUGACUCCAGAAGGUCGAGGCGCCGACUUUGUGGUGGAGAUUGGCGGCCCUUCAACUCUGGCCGAGUCCAUCGCUGCCAUCAGAACCAAUGGAGUCGUGGCUCUCACCGGAGCGUCUGGAGGAUGGGAUGACUCGGCCCCAAAUAUGAUGCAAGUUCUCACGUCGGUCAUCAUUUUGCGUGGUGUUCUGCUAGGAACACGGCAGAUGAUGCGAGAGUUUGUCGAGUUCAUACAUGAAAAGGGUAUAAAGCCUGCUUUGGACGACAUUGCGUUUGAAUUCGAAAACGUAAAAGCGGCCUACGAAAGGUUGGAUCGUAAGGAACACUUUUCCAAAGUCGUGAUCAAAAUACAACCAGACAUGUAG